AUGUUAUUUUUAGCCUUAAUAAAUUAUCUAAAGUUGGGUCCAACUACUAGUAUAUACUUUUUAGUUUCUGCCAAUGAUUACUUAACUAUUCUCUAUCGUCAAUUACUUGUUGAAUAUAACAAAGAAAUUCGUCCAAUUGUUAGUCCAAAUCAACCAAUAAAUACUUCAAUUGCCUUUUCUUUAGUGCAAGUUGUUGAUGUGGAUGAACGUAACCAAUUGUUAACAGUACUUGCUUGGGUCCAUCUCCGCUGGAAUGAUUGGAGACUUGCUUGGGACGCAAAAAAGUUUGCGGGUAUUAACAAAUUGAAUAUUCCUGUUGGAUCAAUUUGGAUUCCCGAUAUUAUUCUUUACAAUAAUGCAGCUCAACAAUAUUUAAAUGAAAUGACAACAGCGGGGGUUGUUUAUGAUGGAAAUAUUAGUCUUUCAAUGGCCGGUAUCUUCAAAAGUAGUUGUGCUUUGGAUGUUCGUUUUUACCCUUUUGACUUUCAAAAUUGCCUUAUGAAAUUUGCCAGCUGGGCUUAUGAUGGAACAAAGAUUGAUAUUUGGUCUGAUUCUGAUAGUGAUGAUCAAUCAAAAUAUAUGAUUUCUACUGAAUGGACUUUGCGCCAUGUGAGAGCUGUCAAAAAUUCAGUUAUUUAUUCUUGCUGCUCUGAACCUUAUCCAUUUAUCGAUGUUCAUCUACUUUUGGAAAGAAAGCCUCUUUUCUUUAUAAUUUUUCUUUGUCUUCCAUGUGUUAUGAUAUCUAUGUUAGUAUUAUUGGGGUUUUAUAUGUCCUCAGAUUCUGGUGAAAAAGUAACUCUUGGAAUUACUUCUUUACUUUCAACAACUGUAUUUUUAAUGUUAGUCUCCGAACAUUUACCUCCAACAGCAGAUGCUUUACCUUUAAUUGGUAUUUAUUAUGGCGUGACCAUUUUUAUUGUUUCACUGCAAACUGCUUUCACUGUUCUCACAUUAAAUAUUCAUCAUGUAGGCAAUAACGGCCCUCCAGUUCCCAAAAUUUUACAAAAACUUUUAUUUUGCCCAUUUAUUCAACGAUUUUUAUUUUUAAAUGGAGAAAAACAAUAUCAUUCAAUAAAUGAACAUGUUGAUUAUUUUUUUGAAAAACAAAAAAAUGAAGAAAUUAAAGAAGAAAUUGUUUUGGAUGAAGAUAGACGAAGAAGUGAACAGUCAAACAAUAAAGUUUAUCUUAACAAACAACAAAUACCAAAACAACUAACUUCGGAGCCCCCAGUUUGGGAAUUAGCUUCUCCUCAAAUUGUUAACAAUCAACAAAAACAAAAUAAUUUUACAAUUAAAAAGCGUGUUUCUUUCUCAGAAAAUUCUAAAAAAAUAAAUAAUAAUAAAGAAAGAUUUUCAUUAAUUUCAAUUUCUUCUAAUAAUUUAAAAGAAAAUGAAGAAAGUAAAAAUAAUAUUUCUUUUGAAGAUGAAUUUAUUAAAGUAAUUGGAAGGCUACAAGAAAUUAUGGAAAGGUAAGAAAGGAUGUUUUUUAAAUUAAAUUUAUUUAGAAAUGAACUUCGUUUAAUUGAAAAAGAUAGAAGAAAUGCUGAAAAGUUGGGUAGGUUUUUAAAGUUAUUGAGUCUUUCAGAGGGUUUAUUCUGAUAUUAAAUACAGUCCAACCUGUGACCAA